AUGUUGUCAACGAAGGAUUAGCUACAAGGAUAUGCCAACUUAUAGCCAAUUGCAAUAAUCUCACUGAUUUAAAUUUUUGGAUUUACUCAAGUGAAAUUACAGAUCAAAUCGCAAUAAAUUUAAGUUAGGCUAUUUCAAAGUGCACUAAACUCUAAAAACUCGAACUAAAUUUAGCUUGUAAUAAACUUGGCGAUGAGGGUAUAUCAUCUUUAGGUUUAGCUUUAUCAAGCAGUAAAACUAUCUCAACUUUGGUACUUAGUCUUGGGUCCAUAUGGUGCAGCAAAUCUAGGUUCUUCUUUAGCCUAAUGCUCUAAUCUUUCAGAUUUAAAAAUUAUUUUUUAUAGAAAUAAUGUUGGGGAUAAAGGUAUAUCAGAUUUCGCUUCUGGUUUAUCAAAUUGCCAUAAUCUCUAAACUUUGUCAUUCGAUCUUGGAAUGAAUCAAAUCGGAGAUGAGGGUCUAUCAUGUCUUGGUUAAUAUCUGUCAAAAUUCAAAAAUCUCCAAACUUUGAAUCUUGAAAUUUCAGAAAACAAAGUUGGUGUUAAUGGCAUUUCUGAUAUUUUAUCAGCUUUAUCAAACUCUUCUAAUCUAUCUACCUUGAAUCUAAUUAUUUUUAAUAAUUAAAUUGGUGAUGAAGGUACUUCAAAGUUAAGCUCUGCUUUAUUAAACUGUACACAAAUACGUAAUUUGUCUAUAAAUAUUGGAAACAAUAAAAUUACUGAUUAGGGCGUAUAAAUUUUAGGAUCUAAUUUAGAAAAAUGCAAUAAUAUUUCUAGGUUGGAGAUUAAUCUUGAUAACAAUUCAGUUAAUUCAGAAACAACAAAGAAUUUUAAAAGAUAAGUUUCUAAGAUGAAAUAAUUAGUUUUCAGAGAUGUGUUUCCUUGA